AUGUCAAAUAUUUCUUAUUCUUACACUAACAUCACUGCAGGAUUGCAGUAUCAGAGUGUCUUGGAAAGAGUGAUACUUUCUUGUUUGUCUACACUUCCAGCGUGUGUGCUUCUCUUCAUUAAUGGCACCAUGAUGUUCACUCUGAGGAGUAAACCUGUGUUUCGUGACACCUGCCGUUACGUUCUUCUGUAUAACCUUCUUGUUGCAGACACUGCUCAGUUGGCCAUGAGCCAGGUUCUCUUCCUGCUUGCUAGCUGUAGAGUCCAACUAACAUAUCCUGUAUGUGGUACAUUCACUACACUUGCCAAUCUAACAGCCAGCAUUUCUCCCCUCACGUUGGUGGUGAUGUCUCUGGAGAGAUAUGUAGCUGUGUGUUACCCUCUGAGGCACGCUUCCAUCAUCACCAUCAGAAACACAACACUGGCUGUCAUUGCAACCUGGGCUGUCAGUUCACUAAAUAAUGUCACUCGGUGCUUUUUUUUGUUGCAGUUUUCUGUUGAAAAAUUGGGAACUUUCUUGAUGAAAGACUAUUGCUAUGACAUUAAUUGGUUUCCAGACCCUCUGCGUGAAAAUUUUGACAAAACCUACACUUGCUUCAUGUCUAUUUCAGCUGGUCUGGCAGUAAUUUUCUCCUAUACUGGAGUUGUACUAGCAGCCAAAUCAGCUUCUACAGACAAAGUAUCUGCCCUUAAAGCCCAGAAGACACUGCUAUUGCAUCUGGUGCAGCUGGGUCUCAGUCUGUCAUCAACCAUUUACUACCCAUUGCUUGUAGUUUUUGCAAAAACUGUUACAAGGAUAAUAUUUGUAUGGGUCCAGGAUAUUUUUUAUGUGCUUUUUAUCAUCUUACCCAGAUGUCUGACUUCGCUCAUUUAUGGUCUCAGAGAUCAGACUAUCAGACCCGUUUUACUGUACUAUCUAUAUGGUCGACUGAAACUCUCAGUUGAACCUGGUCCUGGUUGA